AUGCUGUUAAAUUCAACUUCAUCUUAUUUCAUUCUUGGAGCUUACAUGGAUACAGGAAAUGUGAGAUAUGUCUAUUUUAUAUUGACUGCACUGUUAUACAUUUCAAUUGUUUUUGUCAACACAUCUCUGAUAGUGAUUAUCUGUAUGAACAGAGGUUUACAUGAACCUAUGUACCUGUUUCUGUGCAGCCUGUGUGUAAAUGAACUGUAUGGUAGUACAGGGAUGUUUCCAUUCCUUCUGCUUCAGAUUCUCUCUGACAUUCACACUGUUCCUGCUUCUUUUUGUUUCCUGCAGAUUUAUUGUUUGUACUCAUAUGGAAGUGUAGAAUUUUUCAACUUAGCUGUCAUGUCUUAUGACAGAUACCUCGCUAUCUGUUAUCCUCUACAAUAUAACACACGAAUGACAUUUAAUAAGGUUGCUGUGCUUAUUGCUGUAACAUGGAUAUACAGUGUGUUGAGAAUUGCUGUCAUGAUAUCUCUGACUGCAUCUUUACAGCUGUGUGGGAACAUCAUUAACAAAGUGUACUGUGACAACUACUCUAUUGUCAAACUGGCUUGCUCUGAUACAACAGUCAACAACAUCUAUGGACUAUUUGUUAGUGCCUUCUCAGUCUUUGGUCCUCUAAUUUUAAUCUUUUACACUUACGUGAAGAUUCUUAAAGUCUGUUUUUCUGGUUCUAAACAGACCAGACAAAAAGCUGUCAGUACCUGCACACCUCACCUUGCUUCCCUGAUUAACUUUUCUUUUGGAGCUAGCUUUGAAAUAUUACAGAGCAGGUUUAACAUGAACAGUGUACCUGUUAUGUUGAGAAUAUUUAUAUCCUUAUAUUUUAUAACAUGUCAGCCGCUCUUCAGCCCUGUACUGUACGGACUGAAAAUGUCUAAAAUUCGUAAUUUAUGUAAAAGUCUGUUAUGUUGGAAAGAGUAG